CGCAGUGAAUAUUCAAAGACCACGUGCGCUUUGAGGUAUUAUCUUAUCACAAAAAGUUCACAUUACCUGCUGCAAGUACAAUAAUUUAAGUAAAUUUCCCGGUUAAAUUAAUGUAUUUUCAUUAAUUAAAUAGUGAAUAAUUCAAUAGUUAGAUCAAAAGAACUGAACAGCAAUAAUAAAAAUUAUUACACAUUAGAUAAAGCACAAUUUAUAAUAAAAAAUUUUUAAAGUUCUAAUAGACUGCGUCACAUAAAUGGUUGAUUAUUUUUAUUUUUCAAGUCAGGCCAUUUGAAUAGUAAUUAAAAAAAUAAAAACUAGAAAUUUAAUUUCACUAUCUUAAAAAAACCGCCUUCAACGGGUUAAAAUCCCUAUUCCCCCUCCGAAAAGUUCAAUAAUACCGCUUUCUUAUGAGAUAGCAGCUCAAUGGUGGUGCAGAAUAUUAUUGACUGACAAGCGUUCUGUUAAAAUGUCUCUAAGUACCUUGAUUUAUCGUGUCAACAGUGCUCUUCGGGGCCUAGAGAGAGCAUUAUUUGGAGCCCUAACUGGUCAAUUCCCUUCAGGCGAUUUGGGGUUAUGUUAUGAUUAUGUGCCCCAAAAGAAUGAAAUCCAACAAUCAACGGCUCAGAAGAGCAUCUUGGAAGAAAUUCUUGGUGAUGGAUUUUUAUUUGCUGUGCCCAAACACAGGCGAAGUAUAGAAAAACGUCUCAAACGGAAGUUUGGCGAUUCUGAACAUCAUCUGAAAAUAUUGAUUCCCAGGAAGAAUCUUAGAACUUGCAAUGUUUGCGGCGACGACUACGAAGUUGGAGUUUUAUGCCCUACGUGUUACAAGACAGUUAUAGAAGAGACCAAACAGAUGCAAGAUGCCAUUCAGCAGGAAUUGAAAUUGGAACCCGUCGAACAAGAGGUGGUAGUUAUGUAUGAUGGCGAAAAGGAGAGUAAACCUGAGGAAUUCUGGCAAGGAAAACGGAUUGUGGAAAUGCAGAAACCAAGACCACAGUGGUUUACAGAUAAUCUGCUUCAGAAAACUACUCAGAAAGGUGCAGACACAAGCGAUGUGAAACCUUCAGAACUAGCUUAGGCUAGUGUAGUAUUGCAGUGUAGUUAGUUUUUUCAAUAAUUAAAUAAUUAACAUUUU